AUGCACUUCAGAAACUUUAACUACAGCUUCUCCUCCCUGGUGGCUUGUGUGCCAGGCAGUGAUAUCUUCAACCAGAACGAAGCCAGGACAAAGUUUGAGUCCCUGUUCAGGACGUUUGACAAAGAGGCCACCUUCCAGUACUUCAAAAGCUUUAAGAGGGUGAGGAUCAACUUCAGUAGCCCACUGUUGGCUGCCGAGGCCAGGAUCCAGCUACACAAGAUGGAGUUCCUGGGGAAGGAGAUCAAGCUGUACUUUGCUCAGACUUUACACAUAGGCAGUUCUCAUCUGGCACCUCCAAACCCCGAGAAGCAGUUUCUCAUCUCGCCACCUGCAUCUCCUCCAGUGGGCUGGAAGCAAGAGGAAGAUGCCACGCCAGUUAUUAAUUACGAUCUCCUGUACGCCAUCUCCAAGCUUGGGCCAGGGGAGCAGUACGAAUUACAUGCAGCCACAGACACAACUCCCAGUGUGGUGGUCCAUGUGUGCGAGAGUGAUCCCGAAACCGAGUUGGAAGUGGAUGAGGACGAGGAUGGGACGCGUAAAGGCAAGCCGAAAAUCAUCCAGACCAGGAGGCCAGACUACAUGCCCAUCCAUCUAAGCUGA